AAUAAAAAGAUCGAAGCCAAAAAUCUUCCAUUUUCGAGCACAAAAUCGAACCAAAACCCCCAGCAAAAUUGAACACUAAGCUAAAAACCCCAUACCAAUCGAGCAAAACCCCCCCAAUUCGAGCAAAAGUUUGAUAUAUAAACACCCAGAAAAUUCAACCCCUGCAAACCCUAGAAAAUCGAAUAUUUUCUAUCAAAAAAACCCCCCAAUUCGAGCAGAAAUUCCAACCUCAACCCCCAGUAAUUUCGAACCCUGAAAACCCCAGAAAAAUUGAACAUUUUUGAGCCAAAAACCCCCCAAUUCGAGCAGAAAUUUGAACCUAAAACCCCAACAAAUUUGAACCCUUGUUUUCUUUAUGAUUUUUGUUGAUUUAAUGGUUGAAUUUUGCCACAAUCCCAGAAAAGCGAAGCUUUACAGAUUUGAUAAAGAAGAAAAUCAAUGGAAAGAAAGGGGUACUGGUACAGUGAAGUUUCUAAAGCAUAAGGUUUAUGGGAGAGUUCGAUUAGUUAUGCGGCAAUCUAAAACUCUUGAGAUAUGUGCUAAUCAUCUGAUUAUUGCGGGUAUGAUGGUUCAAGAGCAUGUCGGGAAUGAAAAAUCUUGUAUGUGGGUUGCUAGUGAUUAUGCUGAUGGAGAGUUAAAGGAGGAGAUGUUCUGUAUCCAAUUCGCAUCGAUUUGAUCUUAAAAUUUUUGCUUGAAGAACCAUAAACAUUGAAUUUGUUAAUUUGAUCUUAAAAUUUGCUCAUUUGCGUCGCUCAUUUAUAGUGUAUUUGCGUCUUUUCUAUGAGCGACGCAAAUGACUUUCAAAUCAUUUGCGUCGUUCCUAGGCGCCUAGGCGCGACGCAAGUAAGAGUUA